UCUGAAGUACCUGCAGUGAUAACCAGGCAGAGGAGACACUCUUCGCUUGCAAAGCAUACAGGAGCAUCAGGGGUGGUAAAAUAGGCCAGGGUCCACAUUCCCCAAUCUACAGUCUGAGCAAAGCAACAGAAGGAAAGUUUCACAUCCCCACAGCCUGUCUGGAUACACUGGAGAGGGACCUGCGGGAAAUGCUGGAAACAGAGCUCUGUAAACUUAGUUGUCUUAACCAGUAAUACUUGGUGGCCAGUGCAUCACCCUUUGAUGAUCCAGUCCAUUUGUACGUCCAUCCAAGACAUGUGAAGCUGGCGUUACUCUCUUUCUGCCUGCAAUGCCCGUAGAGAUGCCCUGGUGGUGCUGGUUCCUCUUUUCCUUGCUGCUUUUUCCACCAAUCUCUGCAACCUCAUGCCCCAAUGGCUGUGAAUGCACAGACGACAUGAGCUACAAGAUCACAUGUACAGAUCUGCAAGUUUUGCCGGAGCUCCCCCCCAACACCGAAACUCUAAAGCUGGUGGAGACGUACAUCACGAAUAUACCCCCAGGGGCUUUUGCCAACCUGCCUAACAUAUCCAGAAUAUCUAUAUCACUAGACACUGAGCUGCAGAGACUCGAAGCAGGCUCUUUCAGUGGACUUAGCAGCAUCAUCCAAAUAGAAAUCCGAAAUGUAAUGAAUCUAAACUAUAUAGAUCCUGAUGCCUUUCAAGACCUUCCGUUACUGAAAUACCUAGGGAUUUUAAACACCGGACUCGCCAUUUUUCCAGAUUUAACCAAGAUUCACUCUGCUGAUAUGAAUGUAUUUGUGGAAAUUGCUGAUAACCCUUACAUUAGUACAGUGCCGGCUAAUGCGUUUCUUGGACUGGGCCAAGGCUUCCUCACCCUCAAACUCUACAACAAUGGUUUCACCCAGCUGAAGGGAUACACAUUCAAUGGAACCAAACUCGAUGAAAUAGACCUUCGCAAAAAUGUUCUCCUGGAUGGACUCCAUGAAGAUGUAUUCCUGGGUGUUGUGAAUGGCCCCAACGUGCUAGACGUUUCACAAACAGCAAUUACUGCACUUCCCGCUAGGGGUCUGGAGCAUCUAAAGCAUCUCCUGGCGAAGAAUACCUGGUCCUUAAAGAAGCUGCCCCCCAUCAAGACAUUUCUGCAUCUGAUCAAGGCAAAUCUGUCUUACCCCAGCCACUGCUGUGCCUUUACAAACUGGACCAAAAAGAAAACAUACCUGGAAUCUGUGAUCUGCAAUCAAAGCGGCCUACACAGCAAUCAAAGGAAGCGAUCACUGGCCACAUUUGUAGGCCCCUACUACCAAGAUUAUGUGGACAAUUACCCUGACCAGACAGAAGAUGCCAAAUACAACUAUUUUCACAGCAACAGCCACUAUUCAGUGUUUUUUGAGGAUCAAGGAGAAGAGGACGUGGGCUUUGGACAGGAAAUAAAGCACGCACAAGGGGAGAGCACACCUGCAUUUGAAAAUCACUAUGACUAUAUCCUCUGUGGAGUCAGUGAAGAGUUGGUGUGCAGUCCAGAACCAGACGAGUUUAACCCGUGCGAAGACAUUAUGGGCUACAAUUUUCUACGGGUUGUCGUUUGGUUUGUCAACCUCUUGGCCAUUCUAGGCAACACAUUUGUCCUCUUUAUUCUGCUCACCAGUCAUUAUAAGUUGACUGUCCCACGCUUUCUCAUGUGUAACCUGGCUUUUGCGGACUUCUGUAUGGGCAUUUACCUGCUCCUAAUUGCUUCAGUAGAUCUCUACACCCGUUCCGAGUAUUACAACCAUGCAAUUAACUGGCAGACGGGGCCUGGCUGUAAUGCAGCUGGGUUUUUCACAGUGUUUGCAAGCGAGUUAUCAGUUUACACAUUAACCAUGAUCACAUUAGAACGCUGGUAUGCCAUUACGUUUGCCAUGCGCCUGGAUCGUAAAAUCCGCCUAAGGCAUGCUUCAUUUAUCAUGCUAGCUGGUUGGGGGUUCUGUUUUUUAAUAGCACUUCUACCAUUGGUUGGAAUCAGCAGUUAUAUUAAGGUCAGCAUUUGUUUACCAAUGGACACAGAGACAGCAUUUUCCCAGACCUAUGUGAUCUUCAUACUGUUGCUGAACAUCAUAGCCUUCAUCAUCAUCUGUGCCUGCUACAUCAAAAUCUACAUCACUGUGCGGAAUCCACAGUACCAAUCUGGGGACAAGGACACAAAGAUUGCUAAACGUAUGGCAGUCCUGAUCUUCACUGACUUUAUAUGCAUGGCACCCAUUUCUUUCUACGCAUUGUCUGCCAUCAUGAACAAACCACUUAUCACAGUCUCGAAUUCUAAAAUAUUGCUGGUGCUGUUCUACCCAUUCAAUUCAUGCGCUAACCCUUUCUUGUAUGCCAUUUUCACCAAGGCGUUUCGUAGGGAUGUCUUCAUCUUACUUAGCAAGUUUGGGAUCUGUGAACAUCAGGCACAAUUUUACCGCGGACAAACUGUCUCGGCCAAAAACAGCAGUGCGUCUUAUGGUCAUCGAGGUAGUGGUGCUACUGGCCAAAGUGUGGGAUGCGUUCCUGAGUUCUGUAAGCAAGAGCAGCCUUUGAGGAGCACACAAAACACAAUUUUGCUGGAGGACUGCAGACUUACUGUCUUGUAACACAGCGAGAGUUCUGGCAAAAAUUUUUUUUUAAAAAUGGUCUCCCAGUAAUAAUUUGAUCUGGGUAAUAGUUGUUCAGUGGACAUCCUUGUCUUGUAACAGUUUGUGAAUUAAUGCUGAUAAGAUGGUGUAAAUGUUGUGGUUUUGAAGGUUCUUUCCUGGUAAUAACCUACAUCCAGGGAUUCAGAACAUUAAUAAUGCAAUGUUUUGUUAUUUGUGUUCUAACAUUCAGGUAUUUUCUCAGAACUUGUAUUUAUAAAACGUCAGAUAAGUACAUCUUUAGGGUACAAUAUAUACCUUUUUUUCUAAUGCGACUGAACAUUAUAAAAGGGAUAGGUGGUUCUCCUUAGAAUGGGGUUUCAGAGUCUCACAGUGCACUCAGUGUCAUUUGCAUCUCAUGUGUUGGAUGUGUAGAGAUCAAAGACAAAACAUAAUAAACACUCUCUUUGUUAGGCUUGAAUUCAACUGGAGUAUAUGGUUUGUAUAAGCAGCAAAAGCAUGGGAUUUUCUGUAACUCUCUAUUACAUACUUUCCCACAUCACUUUACUAAAAAAUAAACUUGUUUUGAUUUCUUAAAACGUCUUCUGGUUUC